CGGCAGAGGAGCUCAGUGACACUUCAUUUUGAAUAAUUUAGCAGAGGGGGAAAGCGUUUAUGAGUAAUGGUCUGGUAACUAGGUAACCAAAAUUCUAGUACAACGAGCGUCUUGCAGGACAUGCAGAAAUGAUCCUUGACAGUGAAGCGAGGCCGGGGAGCGACCGUGGAGCUGGUAACUACCGCCAAGGUAUCAGCCUAACCAUGAUGACAGAAGCCACGGCAGGAGGCACUAGUCCGUCGGGGACGGCAUCGACUACGGAACAGCCGAGUGAGGAAUGCGAGAACAGCUCACUUAAAGAACGUAUAGCUACAUUUGGGGACGAAACAACAUUCCACGGGGUUCGCUUUGUAACGAAUCACCAGCUACAUUUUCUGCGAAGGCUUCUGUGGUUUUGCAUUGUCGGUGGUAUGACGGGUUAUCUUAUCUACGGUGUCUCCGUCAGCUUUAUCACCUUUUAUCAGCGUCCUGUGACAAGCGUGGUCAAGAUCAACUAUGUACGACAGAUCCCCUUCCCAACUGUAACUUUCUGCAACUACAACCAAUGGAAGAAAUCUCGCGUCCCGCCUGAAUUCUACGACGCUGUGCGCUCGCUCAAUCCUGCUAACAAGAAGCCAGUGGAUAUGACCUACUUGAAGGCACACGAUGUGACAAACCUCACAGAUAAACUUAUUAAUGACACCCAUCAGAUUGAAGAUAUGCUGUUGGAGUGUACAUUUAAAGAAGCUAACUGUUCAGCAGAAAACUUCACCCAAAUCAUCACAGACUUCGGAGUGUGUUAUUCCUUCAACGAUGAUCCGAGCAACGUGCACUACGUUCAUCAGUCUGGUAGUCAAAAUGCACUUUUCAUGAAGAUUACUGUCGAACAAGAAGAGUACAUCUUUGGCGAAAAUAACGCGGCAGGGAUCAAGUUGCUCGUUCAUCCUCAAUGUCAGCGCCCUCUUGUGAAAGAAUUGGGUAUUGCUGUCUCACCUGGUUUCGAAACACUUGUCAGUGUUCAAUUAAAACAGGUGGUGAACUUGAAGUACCCCUACGAAUCGAACUGUACUGACCGAGGCAAUGUGAAGUAUUCCGCGGAGUACACGGUGCCGCUGUGCCAGUACGAACAUAAAAUUGAGACCGUCAAAGCCAAAUGUGGUUGUAAAGACAUGAGAUAUCCCGGAAGUGAAAACGAAUGUCCUCUAUCAAAGUACAGCAACUGCUUACUACCAGCAGAGGCCAAUUUCACAUCUGAAGACAAGUCAUUCAACUGUCCUGUUCCUUGCGACCUCACGAUAUAUGAUACUCGUAUGUCAUUCGCCUACUACCCGGGUCAACAUCACUUAGAAGAAAUCAUGCAACAGAACAACCUCAGCGAAAAUUCCAUCAGGAAGAAUGUGCUUGAUCUGCGAAUCUUCUUUGAAGAACUCAGCUUCCAGAAAAUCGAAGAAAUCCCUUCCUACACUUUUUACAGUUUACAAAGUAGCAUUGGCGGUUACAUGGGUCUCCUCAUAGGCGCCAGUCUAAUCACAUUGUUUGAGUUUCUGGACUUCAUCCUGGUUACCACGACAUCGUGUUUGCUGAAGCAUUCGGUGCUCGCCAGGCCCAGGGGGAAUCGCGUAAGAGGUGCAGCCAGGCAGCGAGACAGGUCUUCGCACGGAGAGGCAAAGCCUUGCUUCAUUAAGAAAUAAAGCGUCAUGUUAAUACAUAGCGCCGUUCUGAGAUAUUAGGUUCAGAGAUGACCCAUAAAAUUUACUAUAGCUGUACGACUUCCCUUUUAACUCAGGCGAAAUAACACCUUUUCUGCAAUUUGCACAAUAGAUUAAUCAUGGAAUCAGAUAUUGAUGACAAAAAUUGUAGUAUUGCAGAUAUCUCGUGUGUUUGGCGGACUUCACGUGCAGAUUUUGUUGACGUUACAAAAAACAGAAGCUUUUCUGAACAAUUAAAUGGUAUUACAAUUACUAUAUCAUUAAUUCUAAUCUCAACGAAUUAAUUUUACAAAAUCAAUUAAUUUUCCCCAUUAUUCUGUUUACUAGGCUUUUCCUUCCUGAAACGACACAUGUGGAAUUGUAUUUUAGUGUAGACCUACCACAGAAUUCCACAACAGAGA